AUGGUGGUAGACAAUGAUCCGGUGUCCUUCACUGGGGCCGUGGAUCCAGAAGAAAGCAAGCCAUCGAAGGAAGCUGAUAUGAUGGAAUUGGUGCACAAGCUUAAAAGAGAGAAGGCGGGUGCAACAUCUGGUUCAGAGACUGGGACUGAGACAAGUGCUUCUACUGGAACAGGAAAGAAGAAGAGCAAGAAGAAGAAGAAAAGGAAGAAGAAGAUGAAGAGAAAAAGGGAUCGUUACGAAUCACAGAACUUUCUGUUGAGAAUCGAAGGCACAUUGUGUUGUGCAUCAUUAAUCAUCGCUACUGUAUGGAUCAUCUCAAUAUUCAUCGCUUUGAUCGUUUUUCUAGUCUGGGCGGAGUUCUCUAUUUCGGCUACUAUUACGUCAGUAAAGGAAGGAAAAUAG